UUCACCUACGUGGAUCCCGGUUGCUGGAGGAACCCUCCAGGUGCUUCACCUGGAUCCUCAGGCCAGGACCCGCUCCCGUUCCUGCAGGCCCUGCAGACGCUGUGGUCCACGCGGGAGCUGCGGCAGGUGCUCGCCGACAGGUGUGCAUCCCCCGCUACGGUCCCUCCAUCACAGGUCUCCACGGGUAGGGCUCUGUCGCCCGUCUUCUCGAUCCUCAUUAAGGCGUCUCCUUCCCCAGCCCUCUCUCUGAGCAGACCGCACUCUGGACCGCGCAGGUGCGGGAGGCUUUGCUGGAGGAUUCGAGCACCACAGAACAACAGUGCGGUUCUGUCUCCACGGCCCCGGGGGAGGCCCCGCGGGGGUUUGCCGCCUGGCCCCAGCCCCACCGGCCGUGUCCCCCCAGCACCGUGGGCUCCACGCCUGCCCAAGCUGGCCUCUGGAGACUGCUGCCUUCCUCACCCUUGCUGGGCGGGGGCUGGUGCCUCGGUCUGUGGGCCUGACCCGCGGCCUCCCCACAACCACGCAUCUCCCUCACCCGUGCCUCCGCCCUCUAGGCCUUGCCCGCCUGGCAUGUCCACCAUGGGCACAGGACUCCUCGGCCAGGUCUGCCCCAGCACCGUGACCCCAGCUGCAGCCCCCGCCCCCCGCUCCCCAGCCGAGGCUGGCUCUCUGGGCUCCCAGUGCAGUUCGAGGCUGAAGCAGCUGCAGGCCCGUGUGGUCAGGGUCCUCGCUGAGAGCCCCCCUAGUCUCGUGGAGCCGCUGGUCAGCAUCCUCCAGCUGCAGGAUGCCAACCAGACUCUGCUGACUCACAUCCACCAGCUUCACCGGGAGGGCAAGUUCAAAGAAGCCGUUAUGCUGGGCUUGAAGCUGAAGCUGCAGCUCGAACUUGAUGUUGAAAAGGUAAGCGUCAGCACCCCACUGCUCCUCCAGGACAAGGUGACCCUCGUGGAGCAUUAUGUAGCCGGCUUCCCGGACCUCUGGAGGAGGCUGCUGGCCCUCCUGGACUCCUGGUGCCAGCCCAGCUUUGACGUCAGAGUCGGGGCCAGACAGCACCCACAGGUGACCUCCUUGAGGCUGGAGAGGCUGAGUCCCAGAGUGCUAAGUCGGCAGGUCCUGAGCCUGCUGGAGCAGCAGGGCCUGGACCCCGCGCUGUGUCCCUGGGCUGUCACUCAGCCGCGCCUGGCCGCCCUGCACCGUCUGUGCUGUAAGCGGUUCGUGGUGUGGAGAGCAGCCUGUCUCGGGAGAACCGGACUGGCCACGUGCAGGUUGGGGAGCAGAUGGUGUAGAGAAAGGGCUUCUCCCAGCAUAAAUCUCCAUCCUAGGACGGCUGAGGUGACUUUCCAAGACCGGAGGGAUGAUUACUACCAGCUGCCCAUCGCCGGGGAGGACAUCCUCUUCCCGGCCUCCUGGCCCCUGGCCCGAGGAGGAGCUCCUGCAGCCCUUCCGUGUGGAACGAGGGGCAGGCAGGGGCCAGGCGCAGCCCGGCCCCGUAGGAGCCCACAGGGCCGGUCAGGCCCCCCAACAGAAACUGCCUGCCCUCGGCUUCACCCUCUGGGGGGUCAGGCAGGCCAUGCCCUCGGCCACAGGCCUGCAGCCCCUGGAUGGGCCUCCCCUGCUCAUCCCAGCUCUCUACAGCCCGGCCAGGUGGUCGCUGUGGACCUGGAGUGGCGACCCUCAUUUGGUACAUGGGGCCGGCCCCGGGCAUCCAUCAUGCAGCUGGCAGCGGAGGGCCGUGUGUUCCUGCUGGACCUGCCUGUGCUCUCACGGCCACCAGGAGGGCAGGUGUCCCAGCUGCUCUCGGACCCCUCCGUCACUAAGUUGGGCCAGGGCCCCUGCCUCAGGUGCCUGUCACGCUGAUGGCCCUCCCUGCAGGUUAUGGCGGGACGUCGGAGCCUGGGGGCUUCCUGCCCCGCCCUGGCUCACGUGGAGAAGCAGCUGCGGGGCGGUCUAGACCAGCUGCAGGUGCACAGGCAGAUGCUGGUGUUGGACAAGCCAGCUCUAGGCAGGGGUGAGGCCAGGCUGCGGGGCCUCAGCCUCCCGGUGCAGCAGGUGCUGGGCAAGGCCCUGGACAAGGCACAGCAGCUCUCUAACUGGGACCGGCGGCCACUGAGCGGGGGCAGCCAGCUGACCCAUGCCCCCCCAGCUGCCGACGCCUACCGCCUGCUGGAGGUGUACCAGGCUCUGUGCAGAGAGCCCAGCUUCUACCCAUCUGAGGACCUGGCCAGGAGCCUGAGGCCAGGGUGCAGCGAGAGACCAGGGGCCCAGGAGCCGCCCAGCCUGCAGGAGGCCUCAGUCUUGGCUUGGCAGCUCCGGGCCCAGGUCGGGGCUGGGCGCUGUCUCAGCUGCAGCAGGCAAGGCCGUGCUCAAGCCUUUCACGUACUUGUCACCCACGCAGACAUCUUCAGCCGCUGCCAGGUGGGUCCCCCGCGCCCCAGGCCUGCCGUGGGCCGGUGUGUGAGCCCCCCAGCUGUCAGGGAGACACUUCCGUGGCAGGCAAGACCCAGCAUGUCCUGGCUGGCGGCAGGACAGCAGAGGCCACGUGCUUUGGGGCUCGUGCCCUUGCAAGCAGUAACCGCCACUGCCCCACCUGCGGCGUUUCCUCCUCUUCCUCCCACCCCCACGGGGCCAGGAGGUGGAAGAGUGCUGGCACUGGCCUGGCCACGGGAGCGGCUCACGUGGGACGCCUGUUCGACCCAGGCGUUUCCUCCCGUGUCCAGGGCUGGCCUCUCACAGGGCUUCGAGAUGAAGGAAAAGGAGCCCACGGAAGUUGCACCUGGCUGGGGGCGGGGGUGUCCCAUUUUCGGAGGGCAAUGUCCACAACCACAGAUGGCCACUGGGUCCAUCCUGACGUCUAGAAAGGUCUGGGUGAAGAAAUGGCCGGGUCAGGGCAGCGUAUCCAGGGUUAGGAUCGGAGAGGGGUCUGGGACCUGGCCCCUCUGUCCCUGGGCCUGUAACUGUGACCAGUACCUGAAGGUCCCCAAGGACAUGACGUGGCAGCUGCUGCGGCUCAGCAGCCACCAGGAAGGCCCCAGCAGCACGGGGGGGGUCGCUCAGAGCGAUGCUUCCACCUCUCCCGGCUCUGCCCCGGAGGAGGCCCCCGGGGGCUCCAGCUAUGACCUGCCCUGCCGCUGACUGGAGGCGGCCGACCUGCAGGCCGGCACGCCCACCACCCUGGGCAACGGGCACCGGCUGCAGCCAGCAGGGGUCCCGGAGGGCGUGCUUCGGCGGCCGGGCCUGCAGCCCUUCUGCUGCACCGGCGGUGGCAGGGUCUUCUGGGAGGGCACCCACCUGGGCCGCAGCACCACGCAUUUCAGCGAGGUCCCGCGUGGUGCCUCCAGCCCCUGGGCGCAGAGCUGA